AUGAGUGCCGAAGUACAAUCUAUUCCUCAAGCUGAGAACCAAGAACCUCAAGCGUUUGAAAAUACCGCUAGGCAAAAUCCAAUAGAGGACAUUCAACAAGACCUUAAGAUUAUUAAGCGUAAGUUAAAUGGAUACGUUGGGUUUGCAAACUUACCAAAGCAAUGGCACAGGAAAUCGGUUAGAAGAGGUUUCACUUUGAAUAUAAUGGUUGCCGGAGAAAGUGGAUUGGGUAAAAAGACUUUGAUUAACACGUUAUUCAACAGGGAAAUUUUACCACUUGAUAUUAACGAAGAACCAGCAGAACUCGACGACGAGACCCACUCGGUCAGAAUCAAAACUGACAAGGCUGACAUUGAAGAAGAUGGUGUUAAAUUGAGCUUGAGUGUUAUAUCAACACCAGGAUUUGGUGAAGCAAUUAACAAUGCCGACUCAUGGAAGCCAAUUGUUGACGAAAUUAAUGACAGAUUUGAUGCCCAUUUAGAGGCAGAGAGCAGAAUAAAUAGAUCUGCUAUUGUUGACAACAGAAUCCACGCGUUCCUUUAUUUCAUUGAACCAACUGGUCACUCCUUGAGAUCCUUGGAUAUUGCUCUUAUGAAAGAAAUUCACGAAAAGGUUAACUUAAUUCCGGUUAUUGCUAAGUCUGAUACCUUGACUGAAGAAGAAAUUAUUGAUUUCAAGCAAAGAAUCUUAGAAGAUAUUAGAUACCAAGGAAUUAAGACUUUCAACCCGACCGAAUACGACAACGAUGAUGAAGAAUCUCUUGCUAACACUCAGAGCAUCAUGAACAAAUUACCAUUUGCUGUGGUUGGGUCUACUAAGGAAGUUGAAACUGUGGACGGUAGAAUCGUUAGAGGUAGAAGCUAUCCAUGGGGUAUAAUUGAAGUUGACAAUGAGGAACAUUGUGACUUCAUAAAAUUACGUCAAUUAUUGAUAAGAAACUUCUUAGAAGAAUUAAAAGAAAACACUGCCAACACAUUAUAUGAAAACUAUAGAUCUGAAAAAUUAUUGAGAAUGGGAAUUCAACAAGAUAACUCGGUUUUCAAGGAAUUCGAUCCAUUGGCAAGACAAGAAGAAGAGAAGAGUCUCCACGAAGCUAAAUUGGCCAAGAUGGAGGCAGAAAUGAAGAAUGUUUUCCAACAAAAGGUUUCAGAAAAAGAGAAAAAAUUACAAAGAUCAGAAGCUGAUUUGUUUGCUAGACACAAAGAAAUGAAGGACAAAUUAUCCAAACAAAUAAAAUUAUUAGAAGAUAAGAAAGAACAAUUAGAGAAGCAAAAGUCAUUACCACAAGAGCCAGCGCAACCAGCGCCAGCACCAACAAAGAGUCGUAAGGGUUUCUUACGUUAG